CACUCUCAGGUAACACACCUGAGUGACCAAAUCGAUUGCUUUCAAUUUUAGCUCUCGAGGUGUGAAGUCGAUGUGUUUUUCGUGCGCGUUUGAUGGCUCAAUCACAGCUAUCGUCGCCAUACGCCGAGGGAAGGCAGACUCCUCGGAACCAAUUACGAGUUGAUGUUUCUGAAUCUGAACAAAUGGAGACAGAAAAUGAAAUUUCAGGGAACGAAAGUACUUACACGCCAAGAAAGGGCACUAAAACACGUUCGCCAGUUAUGGGCACAAGUAAAAACACGCCGUUUCGGGGCACGAGAAAAUCGCCUGUUCAGGGCACUAGAAACAAUACAGACAUUGGGGUAAGAAGCUCGUCUGAAAGUCCAGAACGUGAACGUUUGAGAACUAAACGCAAACGUAAGUACAAGGAAUCCAGUGACGAAAGUUCAGAUAACUUAUCAUCAUCAGAAUCGAAUAAUUCUAGCGACUCCAAUUCGGGUCUUGAUUCGGACACUAAUUUUGAUCCUUCCAGCAUUAUAGAAAAAGGUUCCAAGGUUCCUAAAAAAAAUCACAAAAUACAUUGCUAAGUAUGCAAAUCAAGGUAUCUCAAAAAAGAUCCGACAGGAAGUCACUAAAAACUGUGGAAUUCCAAAUAGUAAACAAUUACAACCUAAGCAAACAGACAGAUUUGUAAAGAAAAUAUUUAGAAAAAAGUUUAAUCAGCCUCUAUCAGAUAAGAAAGAAAGAACUAUUAUCAAAACUCAGUCAUGAAUUUUAGACGCAACAUGCCCUUUGGCGAUUUUAUGGAAUGAAGCUGAAAAAUUAAAAAAACGGGACAAAGGCGUUGAUCCCGUUGAUGUCAUCAAUAUUGUUCAAUGUGCCUUAGUUUUAAUUGGGAAUGCCCAUUUUGUUUUCAUGACCGAUAGAAGAAAGGGUCUUUUGAGUAGAAUCUUACCAGACUGUGUAGAUUUAGUUGACGACAGCAUGGCUAAGAAAGCCUUAUUAAAGUCAAAAAAUUAUUAAGAUUUUGACAAAUGAUGGAAAAGAUUACAAAGAACUGUACGAGAUGAUUCCCCAACGCAAACGGGUACAGAAAUGUUUAUUUCGGUCAAAAGUCUCAUUACAGCUCAGAGAACAAGUAGCAACAACAGCAGUUUUUUCGUUACGGGCCCCCAAGCAACAACUUUCGGUUUGGGGGCCAGACCAGCAGAGGCCGAUAUCAGAGAAAGUAUUGGCCACGAGAUCAGAACCAGACAAGAACGAUCAAGAACUAAUACAGGUAUAUCAAAAACCCAGAGGGACUGCAACGCUAAAGAAGUCACCUAUCACAGAUUUUCUGACGAACGCAUCUGUGUUCUGGAGUGUUUAUGUGUCUAUUUGGAAGCCACAAAAGGUUUCAGGAAUGGGGACAAUGCUGAGACCAGUCUCAUCUGCAGGUUCAUAUGGGAAUGCAGUAUUAUCGUGUGAUGAUGUGGAUGCAGCCGGUUUUCCGCCUUAAAAGGAUUCCUGGAAUUAUUUUGUAUAUAAACUGAAAAUAAAUGGUUGUAUAAGAUUUAUUUCCGAUGUUAUUCAUUAAAAAAAAUUGAAAGCAAUCGAUUUGGUCACUCAGGUGUGUUACCUGAGAGUGGGCGAGUCUAAAUUUUCUAUAGGGGUAUACAGGCUACAAACAGCUGAUUUUCUUAUUUUUAGAGCUAUUAUUGGAAGCUAUUGCAUUGUUAUAUCUUAUGACUUUUCUUCGUAACAUCUAUAUUUCAUAUUAGGCGCUAAAGCGCCUUCAUAAAAUCUUCAAUUUCAUCGUCUCAUAUGAAAACAUAAUCGGACGGAAGACCUACUCGUUACUCGUAACGAGAUCUAGUCUUUUGAUGUAUUUGAGAAACAUUUGUAUUGUUAUCUCAAAGUCAGGAAAUUUAUUUCUUUUAAAUGAAAUAUCUGCAAAUGCAAAUCAUCAAACAAAAAACUAUCCAAAGUUCCACAUCAAGCAUUUAAUAUCCCAGUCUGGCAACCACCCACCCCACUCCCGACACAAAAAAUACUAAAUUUGUCUUGGUUAUAGAAACAUUGAAUUAACAUCUGUUACAUAUUAUGUAUAUUCUGUGCGCCUACUCCCGAGCCCUAGUGACCAGAAUAUCUGAUGAACGCGGUAAACUUUUUAGGUAAAAUUAACUGUAAGAUGAACGCAGUUGUAGAACGCAGGCGCUUGUCAAUUUCUCUUUAUAAAAAUCAGUAACCUCCGAUGGUAAAGAGUAUCAAUACAACAGUUCACAUUUUCUUACAUAUUCAUGGUAUUUUGCACAUAAAGUGUCAGUAAAGUAAACCAUAAAUCUCAUUGGAUAAAAUUAAACAAAUUUUUCAUUAAGUAAAAAAAAAAUAAAAAUUUCAAUGCAAAAGUAUUCAACUAAACUGGAACCCCUAGCAUCGGAGGUUAAAAUGGCGACAAUAAAUUACUGAAAAAUCAAAACGUUCAUACAAUGCAUAUUGUUGGAUUUAACCAAGAAAAGAACAAAUCAAGUUUGUGCUAGGAUGUUAGAAGGAUGUCUAAUGUGAAAGGGUAAAGCAGGUAAAUAAUUUUUUUUUUUAUCAAAAUCGCUGGGCGAAGUUUGUGAUUAUUUUUCCGAAUCAUUGUGUGACACUCGUCUGAGAUUCGGAGAGACGUCAGAUUAGAAUUUUCAGUCUUGACGAAUCUCGCUGAGUUUAGCUGCGUGCUACCUGCUUGCUACCCACCAAAAUAUGUUUACAGAAAGGAACUUCCCUUUAAAAAUUAAGAAAUGAAAAUACAUAAAAUACGUAAUAUUCAUAAAAGCACUCAGACACAUUAUGCAUGCAGCAUUGUGCACUAUUAUAUGCAUAAAUUGACAAUGUUAGCACGAUAGGCCAUAGUUUUCAAUGUGCCCAUGAUUGACAUCAUUAAUAAUAGUAAUGUAAUUUUAAUGAUUCAAAGCUUCUUAGACAAUGUGAGGUUAUUUUUCGACAAUGUUAGAAUUUCUGUUAAAUUACAUCACUGCUUCUGACCUCAGCUAACCCGUUCUGAACUAA